UGACAUUAGAUAUGGCAUGAUUUUUUCUCAAAAAGUGAUUCAGUCGCAGUAGCUCAUAUUUUUCAUUUUGAGAAAUAUUUGUUUGUCAAAUAGUAAUGAAAUUGCGGAUUGAUUAUAAAACUGAGAGUGCUCAAUAAAAACGUGGAUCAAAACCACUUCAACUCUCACAGAUCAGCAGAUCAUGCUCUGUCGUGGGGCCGUGGCACAACAGGGAACACAAGCGACGUGACGUUGCACCCUGCCGGCGCCGGUGGGGCCGCGCCAAUAUGCUGUCUGCCAUAGCCUGCCUCCUGGCAUUCAUUGCAAGAACCACAGCCAAUGUAUAUGUUUACACAAUGGAUACGCCACACACGAUAGCGCAGGAGUUCCCCGACAUGCCGGCGACGUUCGGCGGUGAGGUGCCGAUGACGGGGCUGCGCGGGCUGCUGGUGCAGGGGGAGCCCGAGGACGGCUGCUCCGCGCUGCCGCCGCCGCCACAGGUCACUGACAACUUCACCGGCAAGUGGAUGGUGCUGCUUGCAAGGUAUAACUGCAGCUUUGAGAUAAAGGUUCGUAACGCGCAAGCUGCCGGCUACGACUGCGCCAUUGUGCAUAAUGUUAACUCCAGCGAUCUUGGUGAGUCUUACAAAGUACCGAAGAAACAUCAUAUGUCGCCAUAACCCACUCUUCUUAGAUUAGAAGUUUUGCCGCUGUAAAAUGUUUAUUUGUAAUGCAUGUAAUACA